AUGCUUAUUACUUUGGUGCAAGAAAGGCCAGUUCUAUGGGAUAAGAGCUUAGAAGAAUAUAAGUACAAGAAUUUAACGCUCAAUGCAUGGGAAGAAAUAUGUGGUAUUUUAAAUAAAGAUUUUGAAAAUUUGGUCGAGACAAAUAAAAAAGUAUAUGAUGAUUCCGGACAUCCCGUGGAGCCAUGGCUCCUCACACCGAUCCUUAAUGCUGAAGAAAACACACCUCAAAGUCGAUACACCAACACCCAUAUAAGGUCAAGAGACAGUAUUGAGAGGUGUUUCGGUGUUCUUAAGUCAAGGUUUCGAUGUUUACUAAGAAAAAUGGAGUAUGAAACAACAAAAGUAGGCUGCAUUUUAAAUGCAUGUGCAGUUUAA